AUGGACAAUGGUAGGCUUGCGCCACCCACCACAAAUGAUGUUUUGGAGCGCCUUAGAUCGUUGGAAUACCAGGGCUUGCUUGAUAAUCUGUUGCGCUAUUAUUAUGAGCUGAAGACCGAAGAUGACCCGUGUUACUUUGUAAACAUCAUUCAAGUCUUUUUGCAAGAUGUGCCAAAGACUAUUGAUAGCAUGAGAGAGAUCUUGUACCAAGAUUUUGUAAAUUUUGCUAGAUUGAAAGACCUCAUCGUGAAGGUUAAAGGAUCCGCUAAUUGGAUAGGUGCUUUGAAGAUGAGUCAAGCUUCAAGCAAUCUUCUUCAUCAAUUUGAGAUAGCAUCCAAAUCAGGAUGCAUGAGUGCCUUAACUGAAGUAAAGGUUGUGUUUGAUGAGCUACGCACACAUUUGGACUCUCUUAUACAGCUAGAACUGGAAGUGUUUGCCAAGUAA